ACUAUUGUAAGAAAUGAAUUUUAAGCAUAUCUUCUCCCACCGAUUUAAAGUUCAAAAGUAAAAGUGACAACAUUCACAGGCAAGAAAAUGGAACCCGCUCUCACUGCGAACCGUUAACGAGAAGCGAGCACAUUUCAGUUCAUCACUCGCCGGACCUAUUGUCACGCCUUAUCACCGUUUCCGUUUUUUCGGCUUUUGGGGUCAUUGGAACGCUUUUCAUAUGUAAAUUGGUUGACAAAUAUGUCGCUACUGAGUAGAUUCUUUUACAGAAGACCCCCGGAUGGCUUGCUUGAGUUUGUUGACAGAGUGUAUGUUUUUGAUUCUUGCUUCUCCACUGAAGUUUUGCCUGAUGGAAUGUAUCAAAUAUACUUGCAUGAGAUCAUAACUGAGUUACAUGAAGAAUACCCUGAUUCAUCCUUCCUUGCGUUCAAUUUCCGAGAAGGAGAAAAAAGAAGUCAAUUUGCAGAAAUUCUUUGCGAGUAUGAUGUUACUGUGCUGGACUAUCCAAGACAGUAUGAGGGUUGUCCUCUCCUUCCACUGUCUUUGAUUCAGCAUUUUCUUCGAGUUUGUGAGAGCUGGCUUUCACUUGGAAAUCAGCAGAACAUUAUUCUGCUUCAUUGUGAGAGAGGGGGUUGGCCUCUCUUGGCUUUUCUUCUAGCCAGCUUCUUGAUUUUUAGGAAGUUACACGGUGGGGAGCGGAAGACUCUUGAAAUGGUUCAUCGAGAGGCUCCGAAGGGGUUCUUGCAGCUUUUAUCACCGUUGAACCCCCUGCCGUCUCAGCUUCGUUACCUUCAGUAUGUAGCGAGAAGGAAUAUUUCUCCAGAAUGGCCACCACCUGAGCGAGCGCUCUCUUUGGAUUGUGUCAUUCUUCGAGCUAUUCCAAGCUUUGAUUCUUAUGGUGGCUGCAGGCCAAUAAUCCGCAUCUUUGGUAGAAAUCUCACAAGCAAGGGUGGGUUGUCAACUCAGAUGCUUUUCUCCAUGCCCAAGAAAAAGAAAGCCCUUAGACAUUACCGCCAGGCAGAUUGUGAUGUGAUCAAAAUUGAUAUUCAGUGUAUGGUGCAAGGGGAUGUUGUCUUGGAGUGUGUCCAUUUAGAUUUGGAUCCUGAAAGGGAAGUUAUGAUGUUUCGUAUAAUGUUCAACACUGCUUUUAUUAGAUCCAACAUAUUGAUGCUGAAUUGUGAAAAUUUGGACAUUCUUUGGGAUUCGAAGGAGCGAUAUCCAAAAGGGUUUCGGGCAGAGGUUCUAUUUGGAGAGAUUGAGAGCAUCUCUCCCCAAAAAGCUCCAAUGACAAUUUUAAAUGGUGAGGAGAAAGGUGGAUUGCCCAUUGAAGCUUUUUCAAGGGUUCAAGAACUCUUCAGUGGGGCUGAAUGGGUUGAUAAUGGUGAUGAUGCUGCCCUAUGGCUGCUCAAAAAGCUCUCAGUUUUGAGUGACGAACUGCCAAGAUUGCCAACAAGAGCAAGUUCAACACCUUCCCCUGCUGACUCUGAAGAAGAAAAUAAUAUGUCCAGUAUUGCCGAUAGUGUUGAUUCAGUGCUUUCACCUGACGAUAGCGAUGGUCCAGAUGACAAAAGAGCUGUUUCAGCACCUCCAAAUCAAGCACCAAUUGAAACUGUGCCAUCAUCUCUUCAUCAACAAUCCUUAUUUCCAAGUACAGAAAAUCCACCCCAUUCAUCUCCUCCACCGCUAGCACCACCUCCUCCACCACCACCACCUCCUCCACCUUUUGUCUCUGGUAGAAGUCUUACAUCAGUGUCACAUUCACCUGUUGUCUCCAGCAAAAAAUCUCCACCUCUGCCCCCACCCCCACCCCCACCCCCACCCAUUAAUUCUAAUAGAGGCCUUCCACCACGUUCUGCACCACCUCCACCACCACCUCCUCUGCCGGCUUUUGGCCCUUCCACUGUUUUACAGGGACCUCUACCACCACCACCACCUCCUCCAUCAAUUCCAUGCCCUUCUACCAUUAGCCAAGGCCCUCCUCCACCUCCACCUCCUCCUCCUCCUUCCAUAUCUUAUAAAGGCCCCCCACCACCCCCACCACCCCCACCUCCUCCACCAUUUCCUGGUGCAUCUACUCAACCAUCUGUUCCUAUUCCAAGACCACCUCCACCACCUCCGCUGCCUCCGCCAGCACCUGGUUCUACAACUAAUAAACCACCACCUCCUCCCCCGCCUCCACCAGCAUUGCCCUCUUUGAGUUCAACAUCCACUACGAGUUUAAUUCUUGGAGCACCACCCCCACCUCCUCCACCUCCUUUAGGUCGCACUAAUAGCAAUUCCGCUCAAACACCUCCACCUCCACCUCCUCCUCCACCUCCACUUUCUUCAAGACCAGUUCGGCCAGGUUCAAUCCCCCCACCUCCUCCCCUAGCACCAAAGCUUCCAGGUGCGCCCCCUCCUCCCCCAGCUCCAAAGCCUCCUGGUGCACCUCCUCCUCCGCCUUUAGGUCGUGGAACAACACUAGGACCACCUCCACCACCUGGAGGGAAGGGUGCCAAUGCACCACCGCCACCGGUUCCAUCUGGUGGAAGGGGAAGAGCUUCUUUUGGGCCAACAAGUCAUGGCAAAGGUCGAGGUUCCGCAGGUGUUGGUAUUGCCCCUAAGAAAGCUUCACUAAAGCCUUUACAUUGGGUGAAAGUUACUCGGGCAAUGCAAGGGAGUUUAUGGGCUGAUUCUCAAAAACAGGAAAAUCAAUCAAGGGCUCCUGAAAUAGAUAUAUCAGAACUUGAAAGUCUGUUCUCAGCAGCUUCUGCUUCAGAUGGUAGUGGCACCGACAAGGGCGGUCGGCGUGGUUCUAAACAAAACAAACCAGAGAAAGUCCAAUUGAUUGACCUGCGCAGAGCAUAUAAUUGCGAGAUAAUGCUCACGAAGAUAAAAAUUCCUCUGCCGGAGAUGAUUAAUGCAGUUUUGGCUUUAGAUUCUUCUGCCCUAGACAUUGAUCAAGUUGAGAAUCUCAUUAAAUUUUGCCCUACAAAGGAAGAAAUGGAGACAUUGAAGAAUUAUGCUGGGAGCAAGGAAAUGCUGGGGAAGUGUGAACAGUUUUUCCUCGAGUUGAUGAAGGUCCCUCGAGUAGAAUCCAAGCUGCGAGUAUUUGCAUUUAGAAUCACCUUUUCCAGUCAGGUGAAUGACUUAAGAUCUAACCUGAGUACAAUUAAUGAUGCUGCAAGAGAGGUUAAAGAAUCUGCGAAAUUGCGUCAAGUAAUGCAGACAAUCCUCACUUUAGGAAAUGCAUUGAAUCAGGGCACAGCACGAGGAUCUGCAAUAGGAUUUAAAUUGGAUAGUCUCCUAAAAUUGUCAGAUACUCGCGCAAGAAACAACAAAAUGACUUUAAUGCACUAUUUGUGCAAGCUUCUUUCUGAGAAGAUGCCGGAAUUGCUGGACUUUGAUAAGGAUCUCAUUCAUUUGGAAGCAGCAUCAAAGAUCCAAUUGAAGUCUUUGGCUGAAGAAAUGCAAGCUGUGAGUAAAGGUCUUGAAAAGGUUGAGCAAGAACUUACUGCUUCAGAUAAUGAUGGUGCUAUAUCUGUGGGAUUCCAAAAGGUCUUAAAGAAUUUCCUUGAUACUGCUGAAGCUGAAGUAAGGUCACUCAUCUCCUUGUAUACCGAAGUGGGGAGAAAUGCAGAUUCCCUGUCCCAAUAUUUUGGGGAAGAUCCUGCUAGGUGUCCUUUUGAGCAAGUGACACAAAUCUUGGCUGUAUUUGUCAAAACAUUCAAUAAAUCGCGGGAUGAGAAUGAGAAGCAGGCUGAUGCUGAAAAGAAGAAACUUGAGAAGGAAGCUAUGAAAGAACGGGCGGCUACAAAUUCUUCUGCAAGAAAAUAGGUCGUUGGUGUUGAUAUGCUAAAGUCUAAAAAUAUUUCAAAGUCAGAUGCAAGCCCGGCGAGCAACCUCAGAAGUCGACUAAUGGGAAACUGUAUAUAUUGCUGGCUGCCGACAGAAGGCUUUAGUCAUUAAAGCUCUCUUGUUAAUUAUUUGCUUAAAUAUAUUGUGCUGAAAUUGCACCGUUGGAGGUUGAGUCAUGGUCGAGUUUUGCCCCUACGACAAGGUCAGAAUUCUGAGUUGGCUUUUAAUAUUUGUAUAGAUGAAGCACAGCCACUACACCGCUGCUGUGGAAGUGGCUUUCACUGAACCCGGUGCAACCCCUGCUGGCUAGCCUUCUUUGCAUGAAACCCUUGACAUUCUCAUGGCAAGUUGGGAUCGACACUAUCUCCAGAUUCUGGAUUUCUAGCUACUGAUUAAAUGUAACAUACCUCCUUUCUCCCCCAAAACAAUUGUAGCGUACCUGUUUAGGCUGUCUAUAUUCGUUUCAGAGAUGGAACAAAAGUUUCAGAUAAGAUUUGGGUUAUUAUUACCAAUAGAAAAUUGAAAAUUUUGUAGUUGUGCCUCUGCAGGGGCUGUGCCUGGUAUUGCAUCCUCCUCAAUGCUAGAAUAUUUGUCACGUGAGCUGCAUGUGACUGCAAGUAAAUGAAAAUGAGGGAAUGUAUUGAAAUUAUUUAAUUUUAUUGAGAAGUGUGUUUAUUGAA